CCCCGGCAGGUCAUCUAUCAAGUUCCUCUAAAGGAAAAUCACGUCUUGAAGAGAAAUGUGGAUCAGCAACUAAGAAUUAAGAUUAUAUAUGACGGAAGUAUUGAGGAUUUGCUGCCUGAGAAAAGACACCUUAUAAAGAACAAACUUUUUCCACAAGCUAUAUCUUAUUUGGAGAAGACGUUUCAAGUGCGCAAAUCCACGGGUACUAUAUUACUGAGUAGGCAGUGUGCAACAAACCAGUAUUUCAGGAGGAAAGCAGACCCUCACAGAUACUGCCGAGGAGGCUGCGCAGACCAUACAAGAUGUGGGCCAGUUAUAGUUCCUGAGAAACACCUCCAGCAAUGCAGAGUGUGCAAUGAGAAUGGAUGGCACUGCAGACCCACUGGCUUACCUGACCAAGAAGGGGUUCGAGACGCUGACUUUGUACUUUAUGUUAGUGCUCUCACCACUGAAAGGUGUGGCCAUGAAAAUAUCAUUGCAUAUGCAGCCUACUGCCAACUGGAAGCUGAAAUGGACAGGCCAAUAGCAGGAUAUGCUAACUUGUGUCCAAAUAUGAUUUCAACGCAAGCUCAGGAAUUCGUUGGCAUGUUGUCUACAGUGAAACACGAGAUUAUCCAUGCACUGGGCUUCUCUGCUGGACUGUUUGCGUUUUAUCGCGACGAUGAUGGAAAACCUUUGACGACAAGAUAUGCAGAUGGACUUCUUCCUUUUAAUGAAAGUCUAGGUUUGUAUCAGUGGAGCAAUAAAGUCGUUCAUAAAGCAGUGAGGUUAUGGGACAUCCGUGGUGGCAAAAUGCUGCACCAUGCUGUUUAUCUUCUGAUAACACCUCGUGUAGUUGAAGAAGCUCGAAAACAUUUUAAUUGUCCAAUCCUAGAGGGAAUGGAGCUUGAAAAUCAAGGUGGCAUGGGUACUGAGCUCAAUCACUGGGAGAAGAGAUUGUUGGAG